UCGAGUGCUGACGAUACGAACGAUGCUUGCUACCUUGCCAAUAAUAUAGAUUUGUUUACAAACAUAAUCAGCAGCGCAGAUAGAGGAAAGACGUUUUAAGUUUAAUUCAAUGGCAACUGACUUCAAAUCAAUUCCUGUCAUAGAUGUUAGUCCUCUGCUUGCGAAAUCUGAUGAUGCAAACAUGGCUGAGGAUGCUGGUGUAUGUGAGGUUGUGAAACAACUCGAUAAAGCAUGCAGAGAGGCUGGUUUUUUCUAUGUGAAAGGCCAUGGCAUCCCGGACUCCCUUUUAAAGGAAGUCAGAGAAGUCACCCAUAAGUUUUUUGAACUUCCUCUGGAAGAAAAACUCAAGAUCAAGUUAUCUGCUGCAACGGGUUACAGAGGCUAUCAAGAAGUUGGAGACAAUAUAACCAAGGGUGUGCCUGAUGUGCACGAAGCUAUCGAUUUGUACAGAGAAUUGGAGCACGGAAUGUACGGAGACAUGGGGAAACCAAUGAUAGGACCAAACUUAUGGCCAUCCAAGCCUCAGAACUUUAAAGUAGUGAUGGAGCAUUAUACAGACCUAUGCACAGAACUUUCUAGGAAGAUUAUCCAAGGUAUUUCCCUAGCCUUAGGUGGAUCAGUCAAUGAGUUGGAAGGUCGUAUAGCAGGCAAUCCAUUUUGGGUCAUGCGUUUGAUCGGUUACCCUGUGAUCUCGAGGGAAAAUGGGCAUAACAAACUUGAAAAUGACAUUGGAUGUGGAGCUCACACAGAUUAUGGUCUUUUGACGCUUGUCAAUCAAGAUGAUGGCAUAACAGCACUACAGGUUCGGAAUCAUUCAGGAGAAUGGAUUUGGGCUCCUCCGAUUCCUGGGACAUUUGUCUGCAACAUUGGCGAUAUGUUGAAGAUUCUUACCAAUGGAAUAUACGAGUCCACCUUACAUCAGGUCAUCAACAAGUCUCCCAAAUAUCGUGUUUGUGUUGCCUACUUCUAUGAGACAAAUUAUGAUGCAACAAUUGAGCCUUUGGACAUUUGUGUACAGAAGACCGGGGGGAUCAAAAAACUUGGGCAAGCUGUUUACGGGGAACAUUUAAUUGGUAAAGUCACAACUAAUUUUCGGUACUAAAAAAAAAAAAAAAGGUACAGAAUAAAAAUUAGAGUUUAAUGGUCAUAUUGUACCUAAAGAAAGAACAAAUUGUGCCAUCCCAUUUGAUAAAUGACCAAAAAGAGGUACUCGUAACAAAUAGCCUGAGUUCCUGAUAUUUAUUUACAAGUAUGAUCUUAUGUUAUAAACUUAUAAUGUUAUUCAUACCAAUUGGUUGUUGGUGUGGUGGUGAUUGAGACUACAAUUGGUAGGAAGGACUCGUGUUCAAUCCCCCACAACAACAAUCGGGAGGGGAUUGGAACCUAACCAUCCAGAAUUGAUCCCCGAAUCCAGAUUAGCCCUUCAAAGGAUGAAACGGGUGGAACACCAAAAAAAAAAAAGUUUUAAUGUUAUUCAUUUCUUUGAAUGUUAGGUUGGAAUAUAUUAUGGGCUUUGCCCAAGUAAUCCAUGCUUCUUUUGUGUUGAAAAAAAAAAUAUCUUAUGUUAUUGGGCUGGAUGAUUGGAUUAAUGAUUCUCUUCACAAAUUGUUACUGUACUAGUGAUCUAAUUGGAUUAAUAAUUCUCUUCACAAA